CAUGGCUUUUUAAUUUUUCUAUGCUUAUAAUUUAUAUAAAUUGAAGAUAUAUGUACAUUCUUUUUGUGCAUAGUUAUUGUACUAUCGGGACAAUGAUGAAGUUGUUUAGUUUGCAGGUUUACUUGGGCAUUUUUUUGGUUUUGUUGUGCAUGGUUUCUUCUGUAUGUAGUGCUGACGUUAAAACUUUUAAUGUCGUGGAUUUUGGUGCCGCUGGGGACGGAAGAACCGACGAUUCCCCAGCUUUUCUCAAGGCAUGGAAAGCUGUCUGCCAAUCGGAAUCUAGUCGUGUAAUUCUUGUUAUACCAAAAAGAAUGAAGUUCUUACUGACGCCUUUAACAUUUGAUGGUCCUUGCAAACCCUCUCAAAUCCAUAUCCAGGUAUCAGGAAAUAUUAUUGCACCUAGCAAAUCAGGAUGGAAGGGACGUGCAAUCAAUGCAUGGCUCACUUUCUCGAACAUCAAUCAUCUUACUGUUAAUGGCAAUGGAGUUUUUGACGGCCAAGGCCAUGUAUGGUGGUCGAAUCCUUGCUUGGAUGAUAACACAUCCCAAGGAACGCAAUGCAAAGGACCAACUGCAUUGAUUUUCAGAAGAUGUGACCGGCUACGAAUUCGGGGAGUAACGCUUAUAAGAAGCGCUAGAAGUCAUAUGAUAUUGACUGCUUGCAAUGAAGUUAGCAUCGCUAAUAUUCGUAUUAUGGCCCCUGGUGAUAGUCCUAACACCGAUGGGAUUGACAUUUCCGCUAGCAAAAACGUACGAAUACACAACUCUCUCAUUGCAACAGGCGACGACUGUAUAGCAAUAGGAGGAGGGUCGUCCAACAUAAAAAUUAGCGGCAUAGCAUGCGGACCAGGCCACGGUAUCAGUAUUGGAUCCUUGGGAGAAGGAGGAUUUGAAGUAGUGGAAGAUGUGAACGUACGAAAUUGCACCAUAAAAGACACAUUAACUGGAGUAAGGAUUAAGACCUGGCAGGGAGGCAAAGGGUAUGCAAGGAGGAUCAGUUUUGAAGGAAUUAAAUUGGUUGCAGUUAACAAUCCCAUCAUCAUCGACCAGUUUUACUGUCCCAGCCGAGUCAAUUGCAAAAAUGAUACAGCUGCAGUUGCAUUGAGCGACAUAACAUUCAGAGGAAUACUUGGGACUUCCCUGAUGGACGAGGUGAUAAAUCUGAGCUGCAGCGAGACUGUUGGCUGCAAAAACAUACUUCUCGAUCGUGUGUAUAUAUCUUCUGUUAAAGGUAACCCUGUUCAUGCCAAGUGCAUCAAUGCUCAUGGAAGAUACACUCAUACUAAGCCUGCAGUGAAAUGUCUGCUGCCACCAUAGUUUUAAUUUUACAAUGCCUUAUUGUUCAACAAUUGAGAGAUAUGUACCAUUAUUCUCACCUAUUAUAGGCUUAAAGCUAUUUGGCCAUUUAGGAAAUUAUUAUAUUCAAGGCUUAUGGAUCCAGUUUCUGUAACGAGUACA